AUGGCUAUGCCUAUGCGCCAUGACGCGCGCGAUGCCGGAGUCUUCACUCGCAUUGGAUCUGGCAAUUUACCUACCCGCAACACACGGUCUUGGAAUCAGAACGGCGUGAAUUAUACCGUGGAGACGGCGAGCUGGUCGAGUCCAGGCGGAGCACUAUCUUUCAAUGCAAUGACUGGUAAUGCAGGCGGACCUUUUCAGAGAAGCUUUACGGCACCGAUGCGAUUUAACGCACGAUCGAGCGGCUUGUUUGGGACUGCUUUUGGGCUACUCGAGGACGUCUUGUCUGUACAACAGCAGGCUCGACAAUCAGCUAUGCACGGGGCCAUGGGACAGGGUGGUACUAACCGCCGGAGAGUGCAUGUGGACGUUGAGAGCGAUACCGAUGAUGAUCUCGCAUACGAUACUUACGGGAACGGUCGAGCGAGACCGAAGUCUAUGUUUUCACGGCUGAAGGACAAGCUGCUCGAUGGAAAGCUCAGACAUGAGGCCCGCGAGGAAAGUGACAGUCGGAGCCGCGAAAGAGAACAGUCUCCAGUGCGCAGACCCAGGAUGAAUCAGCGCAGGCACAGCUCUUUCCGUACGGAGACCAGAGAGCCAGAAUGGGCUCAGCAGCCACGUGGACGAACGCAGGAUCGGUUUGUGGAGGUUGACUAUGAAGAUGACGAUGAGCCUGUCUACUUGAACGAGCAGCCAAUACAUGAACAGCCACAGAACAAUAGAUCCGUGGAGGUCGACGGUACUCUAAUCGAGGCUUUGGAGAACGCCGUAGAGAUCGAACGGAGAUCUGUCCGGAACUGCAAGAAGUGCUUGGAGCAGGCGACUCGACAGCCUGCAAUCAGUGCACAUCACUUACAGCGUAUGGUGGACGAGCUCAAGGGUCAUGAGGACUCCUUGAUGAACGCGCAGGCCAAUCUUCAGGAAGCACAAGCUAGGCAACGGAGUACUCGCCCUCGACCGACGUCCUACCACCCUCAAACAGUACCGCAAGAGCAGCCUGGGCAAAGACAGUCCGCUCAAAACCUUGCCGAUGACUUCUUCCCGCCUUUCGGAGCAAGCUUUGGCCCGACUCCACAGGCAGCGCAUUCACGACCGCAACACCAAGAUCCGUUACUUCGAGCUUUCGAGGAGAUGCAUGGGUUCGAUCCUUUCUCGAGGACAAGCCCAUUCGGCGCCUUCGACCAUCUCUUCGAGCAGAUGCACGCUCAGCCGAGCGCCAACAACGCGCACUUCCACUUCUUCAGCAACGCGGGAGCAGCACCACAGGAUAAUGAGCGGAACAAGCGGACACGAUACAGCAUGCCCGGCGGCGCUCCAAACUUCUCACAACCCUAUCCAGGCUUCACCGCCUAUCAAGCGCCUCCGCCACCGCAACCUCCGGCAAAUCUCCUCAAGCCCGACGAAGCGAAGCGAUUGUUCAAGACCUACAACGACAAGUGGAAUGGCCUCACCACCACAGACACAAACAUCCCCUACCCCGCUCGUGGUCUCAAAGCCAACGCUCUAGGUGCUCGAGACUCAAUCUGGGCCCCACUAUGCUCAGCUCCGCCCUCCACCUGGUCAAACGAGACAGUCAUGAAAGCCAACGCCCAAGCCUUCUACCUCGGCGUCGUGGGUCUGGUCCCUGUCUACAAAGAGACCCCCGGCACAGGUAGGAUCGAGAUCAGCUUCGACAAGAGCAAGGCAAAUCCCGCACAGAUGAAGGUCUUGAUGGAUAUGCUGAAGAAGGAGAAGACGAGGUGGCAUUCGGAUCGGCUUGGGAGGAGGAAUGGGGGUGUUGCAACGGGGGCGACGAAUGAGGUGUUGCAGGGUGAUGAGAGGGCGAGGGCGGUGUUUCAUGCUGCUUGUGAGUUGAUGGAUUGUGCGCAGUAG